AUGCAUAUAAAAUGUUCUAGCUACAGGACCAGUACAAAUAUGAUUCUGAAACAACAUGGAGAUCAUCACACAAGAGUAAAAAAAUCUGGUAAAAAGAUUUUAACAUUGGUAGAUUUUAUAGCAGAUGCUGCCCUUGCUAUUGCCCAGCCUGCUGCAGAACCUAUUGUGUUUGUUACCAGUAAUAUGAAUAUUGCUGUGAUGAAAAAGUCACCUGCCAACACUUUAGGUCAGAAUCUUGCCAACUCUAGGUCAUCUAGUAGCAAGAAAACUACAGGACAAUUCCUACUACCUAGUGAUUCUCAUUUCAGUGGUCUCUUAAACAGUCUGCAAGGUGACAUUAGUCUACAGAUGAUGCUUAUUGAUAAAAAUCCCUAUGUUUGGGACCAAUCAUCUCAUGAUGUCACAACACCUGUUGUCUCCCUUAAAAUGAAGACCAGUGAUAAAAAAGUGGUAACAGUUACUGAUUUACAGGAACCAAUUGAAAUACAAAUCAGUAAUCAAGCUGUGACAGAAAAUACACAUUUCACCUUGGAAAUUCCGCUGAAGUUUGUAAACAAUACUUUCCGAGUCGAUGCAAUCAAGAUAUCCAUGUUAAGAAUGAGUACAAAUCUGAAGGAAGGACAUUCUAUUGUUAUGUCUGUCAGAAGUCAACAGCUGGAAUUCCAAUUCCAAAUUCUACAUAAACAACAGGGCGAUCAGACAAAAUUGAAUUUUACAAAUGGGACUCUGCUGAAUGAAGGAAACAAUUUUACAUUUAUAAGCACAUCUGUGUUUAGUGAUGACCUUUACUAUACAUAUAUUUCUCCAGUAUUACAAAGUUCAUCGGAUGUUUCAUUUACUAAAUAUGAUCUCACCAAUAACUAUAAUACAAUUUGUGAGUCUGGAAUAGAAUGUGAAAAAAAUACAAAACUUCUUGUUAAUUUAACUGUGGAGAGUUACAGUGUAGCCUGCUUGUAUUGGAAUGAAGAAAAGGAAGCUUGGAAGAAUGAUGGUUGUCAGGUCUCAGAACAGACAACAGGGGAAGUAAUUCACUGUCAAUGUACACAUUUAACAUCAUUUUCUGGCAGUUUUUUGGUAUUGCCAAAUUUUGUAGAUCCAUUUGCUGAUGCAGCAUUAUUCCUGACUUUCUUUGACAACCCUAUAGUAGUAUGUACUGUUAUAGUUGUAUGGUUUUUGUUCUUGGCUGGAGUAUUCUGGGCCAGGAAAGCUGACAAAAGGGAUGAAGCUCAGGCUGGCAUUGUGAUCCUAUCAGAUGCCAACCCUAACCAUUCAUACCAGUAUUUAAUGUGUGUUGUAACAGGAUGGUGGGCAGGUGCCGAAACAACAGCCAAAGUAUCUUGUUAUGUCAGUGGGGAUAAAGGUCACAGUACUAAACAUUGUUUGUCAGACUCGGUUGUUGGUAAAGGAUGUUUCAAGGCAGGCUGGGAAGAUUGGUUUAUGUUUACAUCAUCUCAUCACCUUGGUGAUUUAAAUUCUAUAACCAUCUGGCAUGACAACUCAGGAACUUCCCCAUCAUGGUUUUUAACAAGAGUAUUGGUUCAGGACUUGAGAACAAAUAAAGUAUACAGCUUUAUAUUUGGUGAGUGGGUUGGUGUUGAAAGAGGUUCUGUCAAAGUUACUAUCCCAUGUGUAAAACCAGAAGAUUUCAAUACUUAUAAAAACCAGGAAUUCCUGCUUAAAUCUAGUCGUGAUAUUAGAGAUGGUCAUCUAUGGUUGAGUAUCUUGUCCAAGCCAUGCCAAAGUAGUUUCACACGUGUUCAGAGACUUAGUUGUUGUUUAUCCUUACUUCUGUGUGCAAUGUUGACAAGUAUUAUGUUCCAUGGAGUACCUACUGAUGACCCAGAUGAUCAGGUUCAAGUGACAUCUAUCUCUUUGUCAUUAGCAGAUAUAGUUAUUGGCAUAGAAUGUGGUUUGAUCAUGUUUCCAAUUAAUCUGAUCAUUGUAAAGCUGUUUCUGAGAACUUCCAUAAAGCCAAAAAAACAAAGGUCUUCUAGGGGAAAAUACCAGUUUGAUGACUCAUUUCAAAAGAUAGAUAUUGUGGAGGAAAAGCAACUUAUAAAUGAUGAUGAUGAUGAAGAGUUGACUGGUGAAGAGAAGCCUCAACCGCCACAACCAAAAAUGUUGCCAUGGUGGUGUUUAUAUAUAGCCUGGACUAUUGUCAUAACUGUUUCCCUGAUAAACUCAUACUUUGUCAUGUUGUAUGGUCUUAAGUAUGGGUACCAGAAAAGUGUAGAAUGGCUUGUGUCAUUUUUCACAGCUUUCUUCCAAAGUGCCUGUUUCCAGCAACCCAUUAAAGUGUUUGCUAUAGCAAUGAUUUUGACAUAUAUUUUCAAGAAACCAGUAGAGAUUGAAGGACUUAAAGUCGAUAUUAAACUCGAAGAUGCAGUUCUGUUUGAAGAAGAUAAAAAUGAUGAAACAUUACCCCAGCACAUUGUACCAGAUCCAGCCUCCAAAGAACUGCUCCAUAAGAUAAUGUCAAAGUUACAGAUGGAAGGAAUGAUUGAAGAACGACUAAGGGAGAUCAUUUUGUACUUUUUGUUCGUUACCAUAGUAUUAUUUGUUAUCCACGGCCACAGAAAUGUCAGGACAUCAUUCUACUCUGGUAAUGCUAUCCAGGAUAUGUUUAUUAGAAAAAGUUGGAAGAAAGAUCGAUUGAGUUUCCCUGAUAUAACAUCAGUACCUAAGUUCUGGGAUUAUAUGAGAGUUAAAGCAUUACCAGGUUUGGAUGAUAUACAAAAUGGAGACAAAACAGUAGAAACCCAUGGAGAUGAUUUCUUUCUGGUUGGACCAUAUAGACUGAGACAACUUAGAGUCCAAGAAGAUACUUGUCCUACACCAGAAUAUAUAAGAAAAGCAUUCUCUUUUACUGUGGAAUGUUCAGACAAAUAUUGGCUUGGCAAUGAGGAUACCAAACACUACAACCAAACCUGGAACCAGACCAAUACAAUAGCUCCUCUCACAGCUGAUCACUGGACCUACCAGACAGCAUGGCAGCUUAGAACCAUUCCUUAUACUGGUACCCAGACCACAUACAGUGGUGGUGGAUAUGUCAAAGAGAUUAUCCCUAGCCCCAUGUCACAACAGACACUGGACAAAUUAAUGACUGAUGGUUGGAUAGAUGGAAGAACUAGUGCAAUUUUUGUGGAAUUUACUUUGUAUAAUCCUAAUGUCAAUAUGUUUAGUGUAGUCAUGUUCCUGUUUGAAUUUUCUGCAAAUCGUGGAAUUUUUCCAUUUUUUCAGAUUUUUACCACUAAGUUAUAUCACUAUGGUGACAGUACUGAGAUUGCUGCAUCAGUUUGUGAGGUUUUAUUUGCCUUUUUCACUGUUAUUUUUACAUACUAUGAAGGGAAAAAAUUUAAAAGAAUGGGUUAUAGAUAUUAUUUCACUUAUUUCUGGAAUUUGAUUGAGUUUCUAGUGAUAUGUCUGUGUUACAGUGUUAUAGGUCUGUUUUUCCAGAGAAUGGUAACAAUAACAUGGAUAAUGGAUAAAUAUAAACAGUCCAAUAGACAGGAGUUUGUCAGUUUUUACUCUGCUGUAUGGUGGGAUUUUAUACAGUUAUACAUGAUGGCAUUUCUUGUAUUCCUUAUCAUUAUCAAAUUUCUAAAAAUUCUGUCAUUUAAUCAAAACAUGCAGUUGUUAUCCAUUACCUUAAACUAUGCCAAGGAAUCACUUUGUAAUUUUUCUGUUCUGAUUUUUGUUUUAAUCUUUGCCUUUGGCCACUUUGCUCUUCUGGUAUUUGGACAUGUCUCUCCAAAUUACAAAGGAGUUCCAAGUUGUAUUUUGACAUUAUUUAAUUUUGCCAUUGGUGUUUCUGAUUUUUAUGGUCUCCAGCGUGCCCAUAGGAUUCUGGGUCCUAUAUUUUUCUUUCUUUUUGUAUUAGCUGUAAUAUUUAUAUAUCUUACAGUAUUCAUGUCUAUUGUCAAUUUUGCCAUUACAAAAGCCAAGAAAGAAAAGGGGAAAAAGAAGAAUGAGUUAGAAGUUGUUAAUUACCUUCUUACUAGGUUAGCUAAUAUUUUACCUGUAGAGCUUGCUGCUAGAAUGAAAAUGAAACAUGAAAACUAAUACUUAAUUUAGCAUUAAAACUGUAAUUUUUGUC